CACAUCAAUCAGCAUCAAUGAAGUACUUCUCAACCAUCCUCGAGGCCCUGGCGCACCAUGCCAUGGAGACCCCCGACAAACUUCUGUACACAUGGGUGGACAUCAAGUGCCGCGAGGAAAGACGGCUGACGUUCAAACAGCUCGAAGAUGAAUCCAAUGCUGUGGCAGCCCGCCUCCUCAAGCUGGGAUGCCAAAAGGGUGAUCGUGUGAUGGUUGCUUAUCCCUUUGGCCUUGAGUUCUUGGCCGGUAUGCUCGGUGCCAUGAAGAUCUCAGUUAUCCCUUGCUCCAUCUACCCUCCAAAUCCCAAUCAGCUUAAAACAGACAUGCCCAAGUUCCGUGGAUUUGCUGAGGAUGCUGGAGCGACAGUCGCUCUCAGCAAUGUCACAUUUGCUGCUGCCAUGACUGCUACCGGUGUCUUCUACAAGACUGGUGUCAAGUGGGUUGGGACAGACAGACUGACAAUCAAGAAGCAGACACCGGGAAAGCCAAAAGAUUAUGAGAGGUUUGUGGGAGAGCCAGGAGAUGUUUGCCUUAUCCAAUACACUUCCGGCAGCACUGGUCGGCCCAAAGGAGUAAUGAUCAGUCACCAGAAUCUUGCAGAAAACUGUUGGGCCAUUGCUUCCAUGUCCGGUACAAACUCGGACAAUUUAGCCCAUACUGUGGCAGCCGGGUGGGUUCCCCAAUACCAUGAUAUGGGACUAGUGGCCGGCUUUAUGUCUUCCUUGUACACUGGGUUCCAUAUUGUAAUGGCUUCCCCCCUUGACUUUGUUGCCAGACCUCUGCUCUGGAAUGAUAUGAUUGAGACUUAUAAGGCCAACUUGACUUGCGGUCCUAACUUUGCCUACGCAUUGCUCCUCAAGCGAUUGAAACAUGCAAACAAGAAUGCUGAUUGGAGCCAUGUUAGACGUGCCAUGUUUGGGGGUGAACCAGCUCAGAGCAAUGUGAUUGAAGAACUAGCAAGGACUAUGUCCAUGAAACCUGAACACAUUUACAACAUCUAUGGCCUUGCCGAGUCUGUUGUGUUUCUCACAGGUGGAUCCGGUGUUGCUGAUCCGGAGGGCCUAGUGUGUUGUGGCGAGGUGGACUCACCAAGUCUUAAGCUUCGGAUUGUUGAGGAUGGAAAUGAGGUGGAAGAUGGAGUUGUUGGGAGUAUCUGGGCACAGUCCCCUCGUGUCGCUGUUGGCUACUAUGGGCAGACAGAGCUAACAGCCUCCACAUUUGGCAAUGUACUCCCUGACUAUGAGGGUAACUGGCUUGACACUGGUGACUUGGGCAAGGUUGUUGAUGGAAAGCUAUACGUCACUGGAAGACUCAAAGAUCUCAUCAUUAUCAAUGGCAAGAACUACUACCCAACAGAUAUUGAGGUUUCCAUUGAUCAAAGCUUUGGUGAUGUCAUUCGCCCUGGAAGGACCACAGCCUUCCAGCAUGGAGAAGACAGUAUUGGCAUUACUGCUGAGGCUCGCAAGGAUUAUGAAAACUCUGCUAAUUCUGAUCUGGCUGUCAAGAUUUCCAAUCAUGUCGCCCAGAUGCAUGGACUAACUGCAGCUGAGGUAAUCAUUCUCAAGGUAGGAGUGACCCCCAAGACAACCUCUGGCAAACUGAAGAGAGGUUUGGUUCGACAAACAAGUAAAUCUGGUGACUGGAAAGGCACUUCUGUGCUUCUCCAGUACCAGCGACAAGCCAACCAUUCCCCUUUUGAAUCUUACCUACAUGCCUCUCUUGGGGAGAAUUUUGCCGUUGCAAGCAAUAGCCAAGCUUUUAUGACUGAUGACACUGAUGAUGAUACCCCAGACGAUCCUUUUGAGGGGGACACUUCUUCUCAUGAGAAGGAAAGUAAAUUUGUUAGAUUUGGCAAUGACUCUUACAAAGCGUGGCGGAUGGUAGAGUCAGCUGUGCUUGGGCCAAAUGUUGAUGCAUCGAAGCCUUGGGUCGAAAAUGGUAUGACAUCUCUCAAGAGUGCAGAACUCAGAAACAAAGUAGAAGAAGAGUUGCAUGUCUCUCUGCCCGCCAACUUUGAACAACUCUACACCACCCCAAAGGAGCUGGCAAGCUUUCUUGUGGCAAGAGAAGACAGGAGCUUCCCGACGUGUGCCAUUAAUGACAAAGAGUUUGGAUGGAAUACUUCAAGAUCAAGUUGCUCCAAACCUAUGCUUGGUGUUUUACAAGCUAUUGGGUCAGUUUUCAUUGUUCUACUGCUACUAGUUUCAGCAAUUCCAUCCUACUUUUUGACUUCCUUGGUUAUGGAGCAGUGUGACUCAACUGGAGUGGGAGAAUGCCACAACCCAUUUUUUUGGAUUUUGCUGCCCUUGGUCUUCCCUCUGUUCCUCCUGUCAUUUUCUGGUGCUGUGGUGCUCUGCAAGCUAGCCAUUAUUGGGAAGUAUCGACCACAGCAGAUCAACCUCCUAUCCUUUGACUACUUGCGAUGGUGGCUUAUUGACAGGCUCUUGGAAAUCUGGGAGUCAUUUGUGGGACAGUUUGUAGUGGAAACCAAGUACAUUUGGAUCUUCUACUGGCUUCUAGGAGUGGACUUGCCAUGGACUGCCAAGAUUGACUCCUACAUCCGUGAAUUUGAUCUGGUACAAGUAGGGGAAAAUGCAACCAUUGCUCACCAAGUAAGAUGCAGGAAGUUCUCUCACACAGCAGAAGCAGGCUCCAAGAUGACAUUCCGGCCAAUUACUGUGGGUGAGAACAGUCAUGUGUCUGGCAUGGUCAGCUUAGGUGCUGAGAUUGGAAAUGGUACCAAAGUGGAAAAGCUCUCUGUGGUCGAAGAAGGUGCUGUGGUGCCACAGGGAGUGCUUGCCAGAGGUAUCCCAGCACAUAACUCUGGGUCCUACAAGAAUACAAAACCAACAUGGCAGGAAGAGUCUCUUUUGGAUGCUUUCAAGAUUGGCUGGACCAUUGCUUUAGCAUACUACUUCUUUGCACUUUCUUUCUUGAUUCAUUCAUUUCUCAAUGCACUUCUACCCUCCUGGCGAUAUUCUACCAUUUUGCAUUGGAUCUUGCUGUUUCCAUUCACAUCCUUCCUCGCCCUCAUCCCAAGCAUUGCUCUCAAAUGGCUCCUUAUUGGAAAACGAGAUCCAUCAGAUGACUACGAAGGCUCCCUAUGGCGUCGGGUGACCAACUGGGCAUGUGACUUCCAUUUCCGUAUUGCAUCUUGGUCCCAAACUCCUUUCUUUGGCCAGACCAGGCUCUGGCAUAUUAUCCUUUUCCUCCAUGGGCUUGAUGUUGAUAUGGAAUCUUGCCUCAGCAACCCAUAUCGAAUCUUCUUCCCCUCCAAGGUUGACUUUGUCAAGAUCCGGAAGUCAUUUGUUGCCACCAGCACCCUGGACUUGAACAACAAAGCAGACUCAAAAAUGGAGAUCAUCAACAGCAGCAUUGGCUACAAUUCUAAUCUUUGUACAGGCGUCAAGAUUGUCAAAUCCAAAAUCCCCCCAAGGUCAGAUGUCAGGAACAAUAUCACAGCACUGAACCAAGCAGGAAGACAAUGGAAACCCAGUUUGACCAUGGAUUUCAUCCUUCCAGAACUGCUGCAACUUAUGCUGAACGCUGUCAUUUUUGCUAGCAUCAUACCUGCCUACGAAAUUGGCGUUGCUGCCACAAAGAGCUCCUCCACUGUCGUUGUUGUGAUUGGGUUGACAGCAGCCUUUGCAUGCCAGCUGUUUGUUUGGAUUCUCUUGACCCGAGCUGUUGAACGUGUGAUGCUGAAUCUUCCAAGCCAUGCUCAGCAAAGCUUUUGUGGGGUGUACAUCAACCACAUUUGGCAGUUUGGGGUUGGGAAUUGGCUGGUCUUCCUCCUCUAUGGAACUCCCAUGUUCACCUACUAUGCUCGCAUGAUGGGUGCUACAGUUGAAGGGGAGCUCUGGUACUUUGGAAAUUCACUCUAUGAACUGAGCAGGCUGCACUUCCAGGGCUGUACAAUUGUGGAUGACUCUCAUGUGAGUGGCCACUUCAUCGACAGCAAUGGGCUCACCAUUGACAACACUUUUGUGACUGGAGUUAUGCAUCCUGGGUGCUAUGCCUCAGCUGGAUCUGUUGUGUCUACACCUGAAAGUGGUCCAUGGAAACUCUUCUUCAGGAGUGCUUUGGCAGAUGAAGAUGGAUUCGACAACGAAGGAAGUCACGGCCUCAAGCAAACGAGCUCUUCUUCAUUAGAACAGCUUGACACCAUUCUAGAAUGCUAGAAUUAUUCAUUACAUAAAAACUUGUUUCUGUUUCCUCCCAGAGUACU